AUUCCCUUCCGCACAUGGUUUUCUUGUUUUCCUUUUAGCAGUCGCCGACUUGGUUUUCUCUUCUUUCUUACAUUAUAUAUAAAAGGAAAGACUUUUCAUUGCUUCUCACCACAAAAAUCCUUUCUUUUUCUUUAAAUCUAUCUCUAAAAGAAAAAAAAAAAAGAGCUUAAUUUCUGUGAAAAAUGGUGGAACCUAAGAGCAAGAUUGAAUCAAUAAGGGAAUGGGUCGUUGAUCACAAGCUUAGAACUGUUGGGUGUCUGUGGCUGAGCGGUAUUGCGGGUUCUAUUGCUUACAAUUGGUCUCAACCUGGUAUGAAAACCAGCGUUAAAAUUAUUCACGCUAGGUUGCAUGCUCAAGCCCUUACGUUGGCAGCGUUAGCCGGUGCUGCAGCUGUGGAAUACUAUGAUCAUAGGAACAGAGCCAAAGCUGAUCCAUAUGCAAAGUUCCUUCCGGCUGAUGGAUACUCGCACAAGGAUUAGAAGACUUGGAUAGGCGUUUAAAGUCUGUAAACAUACUCUGUUUAAUAAAGUUUUUUUAUUUUAUUUUUUCUUUUGGUUGUGUAUAGAGGCAUUACGUUUGCCCCUUCACAUCACAUUCUUUUCAACUGUUCCCCCUCUAAUAUACCUGUGGUAUAGUGGAGUUUGAUACAGAGGAUUUACAGAAAAGAAUAGCCUUCUUUAGCAGCA